GGCAAGAGGGCGGGGCUAGGGGACCUGGCCCUCGGCGUUCCAGAGGGUGGGGAGGGGGCAAGUGUCAGUCAGGACUGGAUCCCGGCGGGGUACAGAGGAGACCUCGGUGGCAGACAGGGGGCCCGGGCCGCUGCGUGUUGUCCACCCAAGAUGGAGUUCCUCCUGGGGAACCCGUUCAGCACCCCGGUGGGGCAGUGCCUCGAAAAGGCAACAGAUGGCUCCCUGCAAAGUGAGGAUUGGACGUUGAAUAUGGAGAUCUGUGACAUCAUCAAUGAGACGGAGGAAGGGCCAAAGGAUGCCAUUAGAGCCCUGAAGAAGCGGCUCAACGGGAACCGGAACUACAGAGAGGUGAUGCUGGCAUUAACAGUGCUGGAGACAUGUGUGAAGAACUGUGGCCACCGCUUCCACAUCCUUGUGGCCAACCGAGAUUUCAUCGACAGUGUUCUGGUCAAAAUUAUCUCUCCCAAGAACAACCCUCCCACCAUUGUACAGGACAAAGUGCUUGCUCUGAUCCAGGCAUGGGCUGAUGCCUUUCGAAGCAGUCCUGACCUCACCGGUGUUGUGCACAUAUACGAGGAGCUGAAGAGGAAAGGGAUUGAAUUUCCCAUGGCAGACUUGGAUGCCCUGUCUCCCAUACACACACCACAGCGGAGCGUCCCUGAAGUGGAUCCAGCCGCGACCAUGCCCAGGUCCCAGUCACAGCAGAGGACAAGUGCUGGUUCCUAUUCCUCGCCACCUCCUGCUCCCUACUCCGCACCGCAGGCCCCGGCUCUGAGUGUGACUGGCCCCAUCACAGCCAAUUCAGAACAGAUUGCCAGGCUGCGGAGUGAACUGGAUGUCGUUCGCGGAAACACAAAAGUCAUGUCUGAGAUGUUAACAGAAAUGGUCCCUGGACAGGAGGAUUCAUCUGAUCUGGAGCUGCUGCAGGAGCUGAACAGGACCUGCCGGGCCAUGCAGCAGCGCAUCGUGGAGCUCAUCUCUCGCGUGUCCAACGAGGAGGUCACGGAGGAGCUGCUGCAUGUGAACGAUGACCUCAACAACGUUUUCCUUCGAUAUGAGAGGUUCGAACGAUACAGGUCUGGCCGAUCAGUUCAAAAUGCCAGUAAUGGAGUCCUGAAUGAAGUGACGGAAGACAACUUAAUAGACCUGGGGCCAGGGUCUCCAGCCGUGGUGAGCCCCAUGGUGGGGAACACAGCACCCCCAUCUUCCCUCUCCUCCCAGCUUGCAGGCUUGGACUUGGGGACAGAGAGCGUCAGUGGCACCCUCAGUUCACUCCAGCAAUGUAACCCCUGUGACGGCUUUGACAUGUUUGCCCAGACGAGAGGAAACUCCUUGGCCGAGCAGCGUAAGACGGUAACCUAUGAGGAUCCACAGGCUGUCGGAGGGCUUGCUUCUGCACUAGACAGUCGAAAACAGAGCUCAGAAGGGACUUUUCUGUCCUCGGCCCAGAAGAGAGGUAGAGGUGGGGACUCUGACCUGGAACCCAUAGACAGCUGGCUCAUAACCCAAGGAAUGAUCCCCGUUGCGCAGCCCUCUGUCAUGGACGACAUUGAGGUGUGGCUCAGGACGGACCUGAAGGGCGAUGACCUGGAGGAGGGUGUCACAAGUGAAGAGUUUGAUAAAUUCCUUGAAGAAAGAGCCAAAGCUGCUGAAAUGGUUCCCGACCUCCCCUCGCCCCCCAUGGAGGCUCCUGCCCCGGCCUCAAACCCUUCUGGCCGGAAGAAGCCAGAGCGGUCGGAGGAUGCCCUCUUCGCCCUGUGAGCAGGGCUGUGGUUUGCCUCCCCAGAUGGCGGGUCCCCGCUCACACCCUCUGGACACCAGGCACUGGCCACUUCUCCAUCCCCAGCUCCACAGGGCCUGCACUCCCGUGUCUCCAUGGAAAAGCCACCGUGUCUGCUCCCAGGCCUCCCACUAGUCAGGACCAGCUUUAGCCACCUUCUUUUCUCUGAGUGGUGGGACAGCUACAGCCAGAGACUCCCACCCCUCCCACCACGGGCCCCUCUGCCCAUGUUUCCUCCCAGGAAGGGCGGGCAAAGCGGCCCAGCCCCAAGCAGGUCAGCCCCUUGGCAGUGCUUCCUGAGCAGACCACUGGGCCUGUCUUUCCUCCACCUGCCCACAGAGAACGAGCAGGCCUGGCCCCGCCCUGCGCUCACCUCUGCCUGGCUCAGCGACCUUCUCAGGCACCCUCGCUCCUGUGUCCCUCUCUCCCCAAAGGGGCCUGAUGGCACUUCUGGAAGAGCAGGAUGUGGCUGCGCCCAUGGCCUGGUCUCCCUUCUUGGACUUGUCACCUUGUGACGCUUGGCUUUUUGGCAUUUGAGAAGGUUCUGCCGGGUGUCCACAGUGGGGCUGCCUCUCACCUUCUUGACCCUCUCUCCAUCACUCAGCUGCUAGCCCAGGCCUCACACCUGAGCUGGCUCAGUAGGCAAGCCUGGUACCAAGAGGCCCUGCAGGCUCCCAGGGCAGGGAGAGGGCAAAGGGCAUUUGGGAGGGCAGCAGGCAGCCCACAGACGGUGACCAUGUGGCACGCUGCUGAGACGACACUACCAAGAAACCAAACUGCCAUGUGCACACCACAGGCCCACAC